GGGGGCGUGGCCGGCGGUGCGCAUGCGCGGGACGGGAGCUCCCGGCGGGCCGGGGCGGGAGCGGGUCUGGGGUCGAGGGGUGGUGAGGGACUCGCUCUGUGCGGGAUUCGCUCUGUGCCGGGUUCUGUGCGGGACUCGACUCGCUCUGUGCGGAUCGCCGAGCGCUGCCGCCGUGUCCCAUGUCGGCUCCGUUCGAGGAGCGCAGCGGGGUGGUACCCUGCGGGACGCCGUGGGGCCGCUGGUACCAGACGCUGGAGGAGGUGUUCAUCGAGGUGCGCGUCCCGCCGGGCACCCGCGCCAAGGACGUGCGCUGCAGCCUGCGGAGCCAGCACAUCUCCCUGGCCGUGUGCGGGCAGGAGCUGCUGCAGGGUAAACUUUUUGACUCUACAGUAACUGAUGAAGGAACGUGGACCUUAGAAGACAGGCAGCUGAUACGAAUUGUUCUAAUGAAGACAAAUAGAGAUGCUGGAAACUGUUGGACAUCUCUGUUAGAAAAUGAAUAUGCUGCUGAUCCUUGGGUACAGGACCAGAUGCAAAGGAAACUUACACUAGAGCGAUUCCAAAGAGAAAACCCUGGAUUUGACUUCAGUGGGGCAGAAAUUUCUGGAAACUACAGCAAAGGAGGACCAGACUUUUCUAGUCUUGAAAAGUGAACUUUUUACAUGUGAUCCUUUAGACAAUUUCCAUGUUACAGUUAAGGACUGGAAUCAUGUAACUGUUGAAGACUUCAGUGAUCUCUUUAAUGGAUUGUUGUCAAAAGUACUUCAGUGAAGAGAAGAAAGAUCUUUUCCAGCAGAAUGAAGACAAAAUGUUACCAGCUGAUUUAUAAGCUGUGAUAACUUUAUGAUACUAAGACACAAACUAUACAGAAAGGUGUACAUAAAAAAGUAAGGUCUUUAAGCUGAAUGUUUGGGUUGGGUAUUUUUGUCUUUUUAGAAACACCACAGUAAACGAAUUAGUUAUACCA